UUCAAAAAUCAACAAUUGAUAACUUUAAGAAAAACGUUAUGAAUAUCUUUUUAAAGUUUUUGUUAAUUUAUUUGCCAUAUGUUAUAAUAUAUGGUAGCAUUGUAUCGGUUAACUCAUUUAAUUUGUCAUUAAUUCAUAUCAAUGAUCUUCACUCACACUUUGCACCGGUAAAUGUGUGGAGUAGUCCUUGCGAUGAAAAGUCUAUAAAAUCUGGGAAAUGUUUUGGUGGUAUCGCCCGCAUUGCCGCAGAGGUAAAAAAACUGCGUGAAAGUCAUAAAAACUCAUUGUUUCUCAACGCUGGCGAUAGCUUUCAGGGAACCGUUUGGUACUCAUUGUAUAAAUCAAGUAUUGUUUCCCAUUUCACUAAUUUACUCAAAUAUGAUGCCAUGACUGUCGGUAAUCACGAGUUUGACGACGGAAUAGAAGGUUAUUAUCCUUUUCUGGACGACACAAGACAUCUGAUCCCAACUGUUUGCUGUAAUAUCGAUGUGUCAGAUGAGCCGCGACUUAAUGGCAAAAUUAAAAAGUCAAUUAUUCUGGAAGUAGAUGAACACAAAAUCGGGAUUAUUGGAUACUUAACCCCUGAAACCAGUUUUCUGUCAAAUCCGGGCAAAACAAUUAAAUUUGUCGACGAAAUUGAAAGUAUUAGGAAAGAAGUAAAACAUUUGCAAAGUUUAGGGAUUAAGAUAAUCAUCGGUUUGGGUCACUCAGGGUUUGUUAGGGACGUAGAAAUUGCUCAGAAUGUGCCCGAACUCGAUGUCAUAGUCGGCGGACACUCCCAUACAUUGCUAUAUUCAGGUGAAAAACCUUCCGUCGAGGACGUGGUCGACAAAUAUCCGACUGUUGUAAACCAUGGCUCGCAUCAGACUAUUAUUCUUCAGGCCUACGCUAACGGCAAAUAUUUAGGUUUAAUUAAUUUAGAGUUUGACUCCGACGGUAAUAUAACCCGAUUUGAUGGACAGCCCAUACUAUUAGAUAACAAAUAUGCUGAAGAUCCAAUUAUAGCGCAAGAAAUUAAUGGUUAUGACAAACAAAUACGUGAAAAAUAUGGAGAAGUAAUCGGAAAGAGUAAUGUUUUGCUUGAGGGCGGCUACAAGUGUGAGGUAGAAGAGUGUAAUUUAGGUAAUCUUAUUACCGAAGCAAUGGUUGUCUAUUACAUGAAGAACAGGCAGCAAACGGGCAACGGAUGGACUGAUGUGGCCGUUUCCGUCACCAAUGGAGGUGGCAUUCGGGCCACAAUCGACACGUCGACCACUGGCGGCAACAUUACAUUAGAGCACUUAAUCACAACAUUACCCUUCAGUAAUAAUAUGAUGAUUCUUGAAAUACCUGGACAAUUAUUAAAAGAGAUGUUAGAGUAUAGUGUCUCCCGAUAUGACAUAUGGGGCGGCGGAAAGUUUCUACAGUUUUCUGGUUUGCGAGUCGUUUACAAUCUAACAAAAUCCGAUUACAACAAAGUGGACACUCUGUCUGUCCGCUGCUCCGAUUGUAAUGUUCCCGAGUUUAGGCCACUCAAUGAAACUAUGAUUUACAAAGUGAUUGUUCCUAAAUAUAUAGCCGACGGAGGAGACGGCUAUCAAAUGCUCAAAAGUCGUGAUAUUAAACGUAUUACUAGUGAAGCCCUCGACUAUGAAAUUGUUUCUCAAUAUUUGAAGGAAACUUCAGUUAUUUAUACCGGAGUUGACGACAGAAUUCAAUUAAUUCAUUAAUUUAAAGACAAGAGUUUUGGCUAUUUUUAUAAAUAAAAAUAAUUUAUUAACUCUUUGUUUAUAAUAUUUUUUGUAACUUAUCUUAAAGUAUUAUAGUUUGUUGUAUUUUUAUACUAUUUUUAUAUACAGAACUAACUUAUUGU